AUGGGUCUGCUUACCCUAGUCGAGGAUCGCCCAACCCCAUCAGCCGUCUACAACUGGCGUGUUUACGCAUGUGCAGCCGUAGCAUCUUUUGCAUCAUGCAUGAUAGGCUACGACUCUGCGUUCAUCGGCACAACACUUGCUCUCCCAAGUUUCGUCCAUGAAUUCAAGUUCAAGUCUAUGGAGGAACAACACUUGGCUUUCAUCAAGUCGAACAUCGUUUCUGUGUAUCAAGCUGGUGCAUUCUUUGGUUCUUUGCUCGCCUAUGCUUCUGCGUACUAUCUUGGUCGCAGGAAGAGUUUGUGGGUGUUUGUUACAGUCUUCCUGGUUGGCGCUGGCAUUAUGUUGGCCGCUAAAAAUGGAGAUCUGGCGCCCAUUUACGCUGGCAGAGUGCUUGCCGGCAUUGGUGUUGGUGGAUCGUCCAUGAUUCUGGGCUGGCAAAUCGGUGGUCUCGUCGGAUUCUGGAUCAAUUACGCUCUCUCUGAGACCAUGGGCUCGACCCGCCGCCAAUGGCAGAUUCCCUUUGCUGUCCAACUGAUUCCAGGUGGACUUCUCCUCAUUGGCAGUUUCUGGCUCAGGGAAUCACCUCGCUGGCUAUACUCCAAGGGCAGAAGAGAAGAAGGUCUCAAGAACCUCUGCUGGAUCCGUAAGCUUGAAAGCAACGACCUCUACAUCGUCGAGGAAGUGGCAGCUAUCGAUGCUGCCAUCGACCAUCAAGCAUCUACUAUGGGUAUGGGCUUCUUCGCACCCUUCGCCGCCGUUGCAAAAAGUCGUACUGUCCAGUGGCGAUUCAUUCUCGGUGGAUUGCUAUUCAUGUGGCAAAAUGGUAGCGGUAUCAACGCCAUCAACUACUACUCGCCAACAGUAUUCAAGUCCAUCGGUAUCACUGGCACCAACACCUCAUUCUUCACGACCGGCCUUUUCGGUGUGGUUAAGACGAUAAUGACAAUCAUAUGGAUCUUGUUCUUGAUUGACAAGCUCGGUCGACGCAAGCUUCUCAUGAUCGGCGCCGCUGGUGGCUCAGUCUGCAUGUUUAUCAUCGGUGGCUAUCUUCUUGGUACCGAUGGCAAGAGAAAAGGUACUGAAUUGGGUCCGGGUGGCAUCGCUGCGGUAUUCUUCUUCUACCUAUGGACGACAUUCUACAGUCCGUCAUGGAAUGGUACUCCCUGGGUUCUCAACUCGGAGAUGUUCGACUCCAACACUCGCUCGUUGGGACAAGCUUCUGCUGCGGCAAACAACUGGUUCUGGAACUUCAUCAUCUCACGUUUCACACCCCAAAUGUUCCUCAACAUGGGCCCUUCUGGUUGUGGAGUAUACUUCUUCUUCGCCAGCAUGAUGCUUGCUAGUAUUGUAUUCGUAUGGUUCUUGGUGCCAGAGACCAAGAGUAUCCCCUUGGAAGCUAUGGAUCGCCUUUUCGAGAUCAAGCCUAUUCACAGGGCGAACAAGGUGGUUCUCGAAGAAGUCAGACUCCGCGAGGAAGAGUUUCGCCACGACGCCGAGGGCGCAGGACUUGAUGCCGCGAAGCCGGACGCUGUAUAUCACGAGACGGUCGGAAAGAUGUAG